CUCUUUUGUUUUCUUUCUAUACAUUUACGCUUUUUCAGGGGUAGUGAGUGAAAGAUUUGGGGCCAAUUGGUAGUUUUACUACAGAGGAACAAAACACAUAAAAUUGUUCCUGUUGUACAUGUGUCCGUCCGGGUUUAACUUGUGACGUCAUGGUACCACACAAUGCCUGAGGGAUGCCAUGGAAUUCCCUUGCACCCUAAAUCCGGGAUACCGAGAGCAGGACAGCAAGGAAAAGUGGUUUGACAUUGACUCGUCACCAUAUGAACUUCAUAUGAAACCAGAGGGAAUAUUUUUUAUUAUUUCAGAAUCAUAUUGAAAUCAGAAGAUUGAGGACUGUUCGGGCUAAAAAAUUGAAAGAAUUACAGAACAAUAACAACCCCCAAAGAUGUCAGCUAAGGCCAUCAGAGAAGCAACGGGGAAGAACUUGCUGCAGAAGCAUCUGCAGUGCGACAGGGUCGCACCCAACAGGUGGGCCACCGUUACCGAGGAGGUGGACUGGGAUCAGCUGACCUCUCAGCACCCCUGGCUGCUCACCGAGCGCCUGGUGGUGAAACCGGAUCAGUUGAUUAAGCGAAGAGGGAAGCUCGGCCUCAUCAAGGUGGGCGUCGAUUUGGGAGGCGUCAAGGAAUGGCUGUCAACGAGACUGGGGAAGGAGUUUGCCAUCGGCGAGGCCAAAGGGAAGCUGAAUAAUUUCAUCAUCGAGCCGUUCAUCCCCCACCAGCCCGCCGAUGAGGUCUACGUCUGCAUCUACUGCCAGCGGUCGUGCGACGUCAUCCUGUUCCACCACGAGGGAGGGGUGGACAUCGGGGAUGUGGACGCCAAGGCUGUGAAAUAUGAAGUUGGGCUCUCCGAAGAUCUGACAGCCAGCACCGUGAAGGAGAAGCUGCUUGCCAAAGUUCCAUCUGAAAAACAGGACAUGAUUGCCAAGUUUGUGGAGGCUUUGUACCAGCAAUAUAGAGAUCUGUUCUUCACUUACUUGGAGAUUAACCCGCUAGUUGUGACCGACAAGGUCUACGUGCUUGACUUGGCUGCCAAGAUUGACGCCACGGCCGAAUUCAUCUGCAAGGCCCAGUGGGGCGAUAUCGAGUACCCCCCGCCCUUUGGGCGGGAGGCCUUCCCCGAGGAGGCCUACAUUGCUGACUUGGAUGCCAAGAGCGGCGCCUCCCUCAAACUGACCAUCCUGAAUCAGCAUGGGCGGAUCUGGACCAUGCUGGCUGGGGGCGGGGCCUCGGUGAUAUACAGCGACACAAUCUGUGACCUGGGAGGGGCCAAGGAGCUUGCCAAUUAUGGCGAGUAUUCAGGAGCGCCCAGUGAGCAGCAGACCUACGAGUAUGCCAAGACGAUACUCAGCCUGAUGACUCGUGAGAAACAUCCGGACGGCAAGGUGCUGAUCAUCGGCGGAGGCAUCGCCAACUUCACGAACGUGGCCGCCACUUUCAAGGGCAUCGUCAGGGCUCUCAAAGAGUACAAGGCCAAGCUGAUUGAGUACGGCGUGUCCAUUUUCGUCCGGAGGGGUGGUCCCAACUACCAGGAGGGGCUGAGGGUGAUGAGAGAAUUGGGGAGCUCGCUCGGUGUCCCCAUGCACGUCUUUGGCACGGAGACCCACAUGACCGCAAUCGUCGGCAUGGCGCUGGGCAAACGCGACAUCCCUUCCGUCCCGACAGAAAAGGACCAGACCACGGCCAGUUUCUUGCUUGCCGGAAGCGCUUUCAAAAAGACCGUUGAGAUUCCUGAAAGAGAUAAGCCUCCAACCAAGCCUUCUUCCAGCACCGCAAACUCUGCGAGCAGUACGCCCUCUAGUGACAACAGUGGUCUCGGCCAAGCAACUGGGGGGAAUGUCGCAGGCGGCGAUGCAAGCUCUCAGAAGCCACUGUUCACCAAUAAGACAAAGAGCUUGCUGUACGGUAUGCAGCCACGAGCCGUCCAAGGCAUGCUGGACUUUGACCAUUCCUGCCGACGUGAAGAGCCCUCGAUUGUCGGCAUGGUGUAUCCGUUCAGUGGUGACCACAAACAGAAGUUCUACUGGGGCCAUCGGGAGAUCCUCAUCCCCGUCUAUAAAAGCAUGGAGACAGCCAUGAAGACACAUCCAGACGUGGACACCCUGAUCAACUUUGCCUCACUCCGGUCGGCGUACGACAGCACCAUAGAGACGAUGGAGUACCCACAGAUUCGUACAAUUUCCAUCAUAGCGGAGGGCAUCCCGGAAAACAAGACACGAAUGUUGAUCCAGAUCGCCAAGGAGAAGGGAGUGACUAUCAUAGGCCCGGCCACGGUGGGCGGAAUCAAGCCAGGCUGUUUCAAGAUAGGCAACACAGGAGGCAUGCUAGACAACAUCCUGGCCUCCAAGCUCUACCGCCCGGGCAGCGUGUCAUACGUCUCGCGCUCAGGCGGUAUGUCCAACGAGCUGAACAACAUUAUCUCCCGCAAUACGGACGGAGUGUACGAGGGAGUUGCCAUCGGCGGGGAUAGGUAUCCGGGCACAACUUUCGGCGACCACAUCCUCCGUUACCAUGACGACCCAAAUGUCAAGAUGCUGGUCAUGCUAGGAGAGGUCGGAGGUAUCGAAGAGUACGAGAUCUGCAGGGCCAUUGAGACGGGCCGCAUCAACAAGCCUGUGGUGGCUUGGUGCAUCGGGACCUGUGCUACGAUGUUCUCAUCUGAGGUCCAGUUUGGGCAUGCUGGGGCCUGCGCCAAUGCGGAAAGUGAAACGGCCUCGGCCAAGAACCAGGCGCUGCGUGUAGCUGGGGCCUACGUCCCCAACAGCUUUGAUGACUUGGACAAGAAGAUCAAUGAGGUGUACCAGCGACUGGUGACAGAAGGGGUGAUAGUUCCCAAGCCAGAGAUUCCCCCACCCACUGUCCCAAUGGACUACUCGUGGGCCAGGGAGCUGGGAUUGAUUCGAAAGCCGGCCUCCUUCAUGACGAGCAUCUGUGACGAGAGGGGGCAGGAGCUGAUCUACGCCGGGAUGCCCAUUACCGAGAUCUUUAAGGAGAACAUUGGGAUCGGAGGGGUGCUGUCGCUGCUGUGGUUCCAAAGGAGACUACCAGCCUACGCUACUAAGUUCAUCGAGAUGUGCUUGAUGGUGACUGCUGAUCAUGGCCCAGCCGUCUCUGGGGCCCACAAUACCAUAGUGACAGCCAGAGCUGGCAAAGAUCUCAUAUCGUCACUCUGCUCAGGACUCCUGACCAUUGGUGACAGAUUCGGUGGUGCAUUGGAUGCUGCAGCCAAGCAGUUCAGCGAGGCCUAUGACUCGGGCCUCAUCCCCCAUGAAUUUGUGAACAAGAUGAGAGCGGAGCACAAGCUGAUCAUGGGCAUUGGCCACAGGGUGAAAUCGAUCAACAACCCCGACAUGCGAGUGGUGAUUCUGCAGCAGUUUGCCCUGGACCACUUCCCCGAAGCUCCCCUCCUGAAAUACGCCCUUGAGGUGGAGAAGAUCACCACAGCAAAGAAACCGAAUCUGAUCCUCAACGUGGACGGUCUGAUCGGCGUUGCCAUGGUGGACUUGCUCAGGAAUUGUGGGGCAUUCACUCAGGAGGAAGCUAGGGAGUUUAUCGAGAUCGGUGCCCUCAAUGGUCUGUUCGUACUUGGUCGUAGCAUGGGCUUUAUCGGCCACUUUCUGGACCAGAAGCGACUCAAACAGGGCCUGUACAGACACCCCUGGGAUGACAUUUCCUACAUCCUGCCAGAAAUGGAAUAAUCCAAGUGACACACAUAUUCCAGUGUGCCGAGGAAGAGACCAUAUUGGGGCAGAGGGCUCUUUGAGGAGAUUGAACUCAAUGGAUUCCAACUGUAACUUAUUACUUAAAUAUUAUGAGCGUGUUGCAACAUUCCAGUCCACCCUCCCCUUUUAGAAAUGGAAUAAUCCGUGUUGUGCAUAGUGCAUGUACAUUAGCAAAAGACAGAAACUGUUCCUAUCAAACAGCACAGUGUUUUAGUUCGGGGUCCUUUGGCAAUACUUUCCAACUAUCAGACAAGCCUGCUUGAUAAACAUCAGCACCAUUAUUUACUUUAUUUAAAGUGUAAAAAAAAACAUUAACAAGGAGAUACUGGUAUUUAUGAUUCAAAAAAAAAUAACCGGCUGAUGUCCGUACCCUGCUGUGUUUGAUAACAUCCGUUGCCCGUCAGACAGCAGGUUUUGUUUGUUCGUUUUUUGACUUUCGUUUUUGUUUUUUGCCUUGAGCAACAAACAAAAACCUAUCAUCCUACCCUGAUGAGUCUUUAGGAUUCAUCAGGCUUCGAAAUCUUUAUUUGUUUGGAUUCUGUUGGAUUCAGCCUGGGGUCUGAUGGCCUCAAUCAGCAAUCUUCCUCCUUGCUGGGGAUAGGGGUAAUUCCGUCGGGAGCGGACCGUAGUGUGUUCUAGAUGGUGGUAGUAGCAAGUUAGGACCUAAGCGCAAGUGUUGUUUCCUCAUUGGAAGGAUUAUUUCUGUUACAGAGAUUUCUUUUUAAAUUUGGCACUUUGGAUGGAUCAGGUAAAGCAUGGUGUUGCCAUGGUAACAGGCUCACAUCUUUGCAGCCUCCUUAUUUGUGUAGUGUUGAAAAAACUCACUGAAGUUGGCUCCAAAAAAUUUAUCAUAACUGAUUUUGUUUUAUAAAGAUUUGGGCCUUGGUGUCUGUUCGUGUGUGUGGUUUUCCAACAUCACCAACUUAACAACAGUGCCCAGCAUGAUCAUUUUCUGUAGAAAACAAAAUCUGAAACCCAGGAUGACAUUCGCUAGGAAUUGCGCUGAUUUUUCAGACGGUGGCGCACCAGUCUAUUUCAUGCAGCCAUAGAUGUGUAUAUGUGCUGUAUAGGAUACAGUUUCUGUAUAAGGUUACCAGCCUAAAUCAAAUGAUUUAUAUUGCUCAUGACUGGUGCCCAGUUGCUUAAUUAGUGCCAAGCCACCGUUCGCAUUACAAAAACAAAUUCACCAAGGUGUGUUUUAUGGCAGGAAUCUCCUCAAAAUGUGAGGCAGCUUAUGGCAGAAAGAAAUUACUACUCACAGACGAAAACCUGAAACUACUAAGCUUAAAAUCCACUUCCCUGAACAAAAGAGUAACUGGACUUGGCUCUAAAAAUGCAAAAAUUUGAUUUCAUGUAGUAAUAUCUAUGGAAAAAUACCAAAACCAUACAAUGAAAAUAGUAACCGUUGGCAAAAUCAGUAUGCCCGUUUUGUAAUCUUGCUGUAUUAGCAGAAAUGUUUAGAAUAUACAAAACUCAUUUUUGAAUGCUUGCAAACACAGUUUGCCAGACAAGUAACGGUUCCAGAUGUCUCGUUGUUGCACAUGCAAUGCUGGUUUCCCCCUGACUUUCCGGAAAGUCUCUUGGAAGGUGCCAAAAGUUAGGGGUCACCUUCGGGUCAGGGGUCAGCCAUGCAUACUAGUUGCCGUGCCAGAGAGGAAGCAGGAACUACAUAAUUGGGAGAUAAAAGUUGCUUUGCUGAGCUGAAAGAGGAAGAAGCAGUAUUUUUUUUUUCAAGAAAGGAAAUCACUUGCGCUUGAAGGAGAGCGGGGGAUUUUUAUUGGUUUUGUCUGAAAAUAUCUAUUACAGUAUUUAUGUUUCCGAAAUUGGUGCCACUGAUUCUUAGCUAUGAUUGUUCUGGUUGGCAUGUGACAUGGUUGGAGGCCCAUUCUUAAAAAAAGACGAAAACUGAGUGAAUAUCGUUUUUGGGUGAGAAAUCGGCUUAUUAAGCGACAAAGAAAAAUUUGACGGUGUGCAACUUGAUUUUUUGCCAUUGAUCCACGUAAUUCAAGCCAGCAUGGUACAUUUUAUAGCAAACGGGAGGUACGGUGACCUCACAAGGUGUUCCAUGUGUUGUAUUCUGGGUACCAGGUGGGGGUCAGUGGAAAGAUGGCCACCUCCAAAUCAUUUGGCUUCUGCUUGGAAUAAUGUGCACCUAUUUGGCAGCCAGUGGCCUUGUCUUCAGUCAUUGUGGUGUUGCCAGUCUUGGUUAAGUCAUUCAGACAUGGUCGAUCGUUGGGAAUACCUCUUGGGGCUUGAUUCAAAGCUUUUAUUUUGGGGCUGCGGCUUUUAGAAUUUGCAGUUGGCGCUGUGUGGGCAAUAGCCGUAUAGCCAUAGGCCACAGUGCCCAUUUUUGACCCGGCCAUAGUGUGUAUUAUUGACUCCUGGAAGAUGGAGACUACGCAGACAGCUGUCCAACCAGUCUCACUUCUUUGGGCAAUGGAAAACCGUGGUCAUGACGCAUGUCACUUGCCCCGAGCAGUUAGUGUCACAAUGAACUUUUUUUUUACUAAUCAUCAUUUAAAUGCUGAGCCGUUAUAACCAUCUCUCGGCAGAAAAAAAGACCCAGCCGAAAAAUCCCCAACUUGUAUCCAGAUAAACAGAGUGUGGCAACAUUAUAGGCAAUGGAUCGGCCAGUGCCGUUUUGAUGGUGCUUACAUGUGCAACGUCGAUCUGUACUUCUCAAGUCACAUGACCAUGCACAAGGCAUGACACUAUCAAGUUGCAAGAUCAAGGAAACCCAAAACCAUUUUCAUAGCUUUGGCUACAAUUGAUCAAAACUGUGACCUGAUGUCCCGUGGCAUAUCAGUAAUAUUUAACCAGUGCUUUGUUUGGUUGACUUUGAGGUAAUUGUCAUGACGACAUCGGGCUUUGCCUCCUAUCGGGGGAGGGGGAAAUCAGGAGUAAAGGGCAUCAAACGCGAAGUUCGUAAUAGCUUCCUUGUUUACCUCGCUCGCUAGAAUUUGUUGUUGGAAACUUGUAUAAUGCAAAAUUACCGGCAGUUGCCGAAUGCUUGUAUUGAUGUCAAUUUGAAAGGUAUUUGUCUUGAUAAGUUAAUUGUGAGAGUAUUUGAAUUCAACUCAGUUUAAAAAAUAAACAUAUUUUAUAUUAGAUUAUGAACAGUUAUAAAUUUGUAAAUUUAUAUACGUCAUAUGUCAAGUGAUUGCUUUGUGUACCAUUGAGCAUACCACAUAAAGUUUAAACAUUAAGCGAUAUUUCUGUGUAUUGUACAGAAGUAGAUUACAUGGCGAAAAAUAAAGGUAGAAUUAGUUUAACUUUGAAUAAGUCUCGUAGACAGUUUAACAAUAUGAAUUCGAAAAUACAUCUGAAUAACCAUGG